AAAUCGAUUUUUACGGCUCCUUGUUUUAACAUAAAUUAGUCUGUUUUUGUUCCAUACCCAGCUAUCAAUUUUUGGUUCCUAUAACGUUCUUAUUUGGUUCCCAACAAAAUAACCAAAUGGAAACCUAAUGGGAACGUUCUGUGUUUGUUGGGUAUAGACUUGCGAACGCAUCUCAUUGCGCUUUGGGCUUUCAAUGUGCAUGGAGUGUGUGCACAUACUUUAAUAAUCCAGUAGAUGGCGACAGAGUACAUCUUGUUCACCAUUCAUUCGCUGCCUGUCCUAAUGAAACACCUGCCAGCAUGUGUGUGUGAUUAAACUAUGCUGAUUGUGCCAACAGAGCUAUUCUUCAGUUAAAGUCUUGAAAAGGAAUGCCUGCACCAACCAAACCCUGACUGAAUCUCUUGUCAACAGAGGGAAAGAGUGAGUUAAAAGAGGAAGGAUGGGGGAGACGGAGGACGAGCGUACGUCUCAGGCUGGCCAGCUGUUUGAGAACUUUGUGCAGGCCACUACCUGUAAAGGCACCCUGCAGGCCUUCAGCAUCCUCUGCAGGCAGCUGGAGCUGAACCUCUCAGAUCACAGGGACUUCUACAGCAGCCUGAAAGCUGCCAUCACCUACUGGAAGGCCAAAGGCCUCUGGGGGAAACUGGACAAGAGAGCCAGCCACAAGGAGUACAGUAAGGGCAAAGCCUGCGCGGACACCAGAUGUCUUAUCAUUGGUGGCGGUCCCUGUGGCUUUCGGAGCGCCAUAGAGCUGGCUUUGCUUGGCGCCAAGGUGGUGGUGAUUGAAAAGAGGGACACCUUUUCCAGGAACAAUGUCCUUCACCUUUGGCCUUACACCAUCCAUGACCUCAGGAACCUUGGAGCCAAGAAGUUCUAUGGAAAGUUCUGUGCUGGGUCUAUAGACCACAUCAGUAUUCGUCAGCUGCAACUCAUGCUGUUAAAGAUUGCUCUCAUUGUUGGGGUUGAGGUGCACGUCAACGUGGAGUUUGUCAAGCUUCUCGAGCCGCCUGAGGGCCAAGGCACUGAUGGGCCUGGAUGGAGGGCAGAGGUCCGGCCGGCCGGUCACCCCAUCUCAAACUAUGAGUUUGAUGUGAUAAUUGGAGCAGAUGGAAGGAGAAGCACUCUUGAUGGCUUCAAGAGAAAGGAGUUCAGAGGGAAACUAGCAAUCGCCAUCACUGCAAACUUUGUCAAUCGCAACACGACAGCUGAGGCCAAAGUGGAGGAGAUCAGCGGAGUGGCAUUCAUCUUUAAUCAGAAGUUCUUCUUGGAGCUCAAGGAGGAGGCAGGCAUUGAUUUGGAAAACAUUGUCUAUUACAAGGACAACACGCACUACUUUGUCAUGACUGCAAAGAAACAAAGCUUGCUGGACAAGGGUGUGAUCAUCAAUGACUAUAUUGAGACAGAGCGUCUGUUGGCGAGCGACAACGUUAACCAAGAAGCUUUGCUUUCAUACGCCCGUGAGGCUGCAGAUUUUGCCACAAACUACCAGCUUCCCUCUUUGGAUUAUGCCAUCAACCACUACAGCCAGCCAGAUGUAGCUAUGUUUGACUUCACCUGCAUGUACGCCUCAGAGAACGCUGCGCUUGUGAGGGAAAAGCACGGCCAUCAGGUGCUGGUGGCGCUGGUUGGAGAUAGUCUUCUAGAGCCUUUCUGGCCCAUGGGGACAGGAUGUGCUCGAGGGUUUCUGGCCGCCUUUGACACAGCGUGGAUGAUAAAGGGUUGGGCUCAGGGCAAAGAACCCCUUGAUCUUCUGUCAGAGAGGGAGAGCAUCUACAGGCUGCUGCCUCAGACGACCGCAGAAAACAUCUCAAAAAACUUUGAGCAGUACACCAUAGACCCAGCCACACGCUACCCCAACCUCAACUCCACCUGUGUACGACCACAUCAGGUGCGGCAUCUGUACAUUAACGGCGAGCAGGGCUUGAGCUCUCUGGGGCGCAGUGGACCCACACGCACAUCUGUAAACAUCUCCAGACAAGAAUCAGAGGUGCGUCCCAGCCGGCUGCUGCUGUGGUGUCAGAAGCAGACCCAGGGCUACAGGGGCGUGGAUGUGACUGACCUUACAACCUCCUGGAGGAGCGGCCUGGCUCUGUGCGCCCUCAUUCACCGCCAGCGGCCGGACCUCAUUGAUUUUGACUCCCUGAACGAGGCAGAUUGCGCUAAAAACAACCAGUUGGCAUUUGACGUGGCAGAGAGGGAGUUUGGAAUCCAGCCAGUCACCACAGGAAAGGAAAUGAAUGCCGAACAGGGGCCGGACAAGCUCAUUAUGGUGCUCUACCUCUCCAAAUUUUACGAGAUGUUCCGCAACUCGCCUCAAUCCAUCACAGGUGUACCCAAAGAGACUGAUGCUAAUAAUGAAGACUAUUCAUCAAGGACCACAAACUCUCUUUACAACUCGAUAAAUCAAGCACUGCCUCGGAAGAGAAUCCCAAAAGUUGAUAAAAAGUUGGAAGACAAUGACAACAAAAAGAGGAAGGGGGUCAUGUGUAAUAUUGCUAACCUGCCCAAUCAGAGUGCACCCCCUGUAGGUGAGAGAGAGGAACAGAAGGAAAAUAAGGUGCGGUCCAUGGCAACUCAACUGCUGGCCAGGUUUGAGGAGAAUGCACCAAGCUGUGGUAUGCACAGACAGUCUGAAUCUGAGACUGACUCUGUUGCUGACACACCCGUAUCUCUGGACAUGACAGAAAACCCACGGUUUGCCAAACCUAAGAGCCAGCCCGCACCCCCUCCACCCCCUCCUUCCAAACCAAAAUGGCAGCCUUCUCCUUAUCUCAGACUGCUGGAAUCUCACACGAGGAAUGAGACCCAUCAUUCUGACCACCGUUUACAAAUCCAGUCCAGUCACGGUCACAAAGAAAUCCAGUCCAACCACAAAAACACUGGCAUUCACCAUAGUCCUCCGCUUACUGAAAUUCCCUCAAGUUAUCAAAGCAGUGAGCCUCGUCCCAGAUCUCCUCACCUUCCCUUCAAAGUGCUUCAGUCGGAUUCUCAUCUGCCCUCAUUGACGGCAGAUCCCUCAGAUUCACUCCCAUCCUUCACGCCAGCCCUGAGCACCAUGUUGCAGUGCCAACAGAAGCUGGAAGAGGAAGUCAGCCAGAGAAAAGUGCAAGCUGAAAUUACUAGACAGUUCAACAAAAAGAGCAUUAAAGAACGAGCUCAGCAACUGAGCCGCCUGUUCACUGGCAAACCACUUCAACCUCAGGCAGAUGAAAACUCUUCUGCUGUUUCUUCUUCUAAAGCUUUUUCAGUUCACGCUAUCCCAGAAUGCUCUACUCCCUCCUGUCAUCUGUCUCCUGUUCCUUCAGUCCAGUACAAGCAGUGCAGUGAAGAUUCAGAAACACAGCUGAACGACGUUAAGCACACAGAUCACUCUGAAAUCAGACGUGUAGAGUGCCUUGACCCCUCCAAACAGAGAACUGUGGGAAAGGUUUCCUCUGCUAUUGGAGUUAAAGCAGCUACACUGGCCAUCUUAUAUGAGACCGAUCACAGACCUAACAACCCCUUUACCCUCUCGCUGACCAGCAUGCGGAAGGAGUUUCCUCAGGGUCUGGGCGGCAGUGACACCUGUCACUUCUGUAAGAAGCGCGUGUACAUAAUGGAGCGGCUCAGUGCGGAGGGAUACUUCUUCCACAGAGAGUGUUUCCGCUGUAACAUCUGUGGUUGCACGUUGCGUCUGGGUGGUCAUGCCUUCGACUCCAAUCAAGGCGCUUUUUACUGCAAGCUGCACUUUUCUCAGCAAAAAAUCAGCAGUAGGCAUCGAAGAGGAGAGAUCAAUGGAGUUGGCAGACCCUCGACCAGCACUAGUCCUGAUUACACGGCCACAGACGGCCUCCGCGGCCUGUCCUCAGGUACCCUGACUUCCCUUAUUAGGAAAAGUCUUCACUGGCCACUGCCUGUGGGCCGUGCACUGUUCGGGACGCCCCGCCAGCUUGCACGCUGGAUGUAUAAGGCGGCCCGGGCCGUAGCGCUACACAUCAGAGAGCGCCAGGAGGACUAUGUAUUCCUUUAUGAGCUACUAAGUAUGGGUGUGCCCUUCAUAUACGUGCUGCAUGAGAUGACGGGCCAGAUGAGCCGAGAGGCCAUCACUCCCUCCCCAGUGAGCAUGAUGGAGUCAGUCGAGCCGUACUGGGGGCUCCAACAGUCUAGGCUGCUUUACUAUCCCAAUCCCACACUUAUUGAGAAUGCAGAUUCAGUCUCCUGUCAGCAGGAGGCGCUUUUGGCACUUUUCCAUGGAGCCGAAUCAGACUCCGUUCUCAGAACUCAGAAUGACCUGAAGGGUUUGUCGAACCCCAGCGCUCCGGCUGAGAGUGCAGAGGUGCAGGCCCUCUCAGACUCAACGGAGGUCAUAAACAUGAGUGAAGUCAAAGAUUCAUCUAAAAAGUCAGAUCCUGCAGAUUCUGCACCUGCGUGUCCCGAUUCUCCACUGCAGAAAGUGAAACGUUCUACAGCCAAAGGAGAAAUUACCAACAAAAACAACCUCUGGAGAAAGAAAAUCCGAUACACUCUGCCCCUCGUCCUGAUUAAGAAAUUUCACCGUGGAAAACCAGAUGGUAGAACUGAAGCCCUCACGAAGGAAGAUGGAGACUCAGACUUUGAGGAGAUCCAUGAAUCUCUCUCCUCAACAAAUGCUGCAACAUCCACUACAGAGUCUGACUGCCCCCUAAUGGAGGACAAGAAGUCAACACCCAUGGAAGAGAUCCCAAAAAUCCCUCAUCACACACAUUUUCUUCCCGAUUCCCCAAAACCCAGCACUUCCUCUCCAAAGCCAGUCAUCAUGGCCGCUUCCUCAGAAGCAAAUUCCCUCAGCCCCAAGAAGAAGCUCAUGCUGUCUUUAUCUGAAAAGGAGAAACUGCUCAACUGGGACUUGGCCGCUCCUGGAAAGCCCUCAACUUCUGAAGGAGAACAAAUUGACAGAACCUCAACGAAUCCUCCAAAUGCUCAACCAGAACCAGAAGCUCCACCAAAACCAAGCCGUCCCCAACCUGAACCCACUCCUCCACUCUUUGUCUUCCAACAGUGGGCCAGCAGUCUCCGGAAGUCCUUAUCCUCCAGCAAAGGGAGCAACCCUGUGGUCCUCAGGAGAAACCGGCCUUUGAAAGCCAGGCCGUUGUCUGAGGGAUCCUUCAACCUCAGCAGCUUGUUUGGCAGCAGCAUUCGGAGCAACCAGGAUGAGGAACACAGCAACACCUUUACCGAUGGCAGCCAAUCCAGAGUGAAGACAGGAAGUGAGCUCACCACGUUACUGGAGCAGGUGGCUCUCAGCUCCAAAACCCACAAGGGCACAAAAGAUGAUAUGGCCUCAUUACCACCCAGAAAACUCAAUUUCUUCUCCUCUCUGCGCAUUAAGAGGAACGAAGGAGCAGAUCAGAUCAAAGGAGACAACCAGAAGGACAUCUUGACCAUUCUUUCCAGGUUCAGAAGCAAAGCUUCAGCUCAGCAACAACAACAAGAGUCCAACUCAUCUAGUGAAGAGGAACAGGAUCCAGACUCACAAAGGACCUUCAGUGACAUCUCACAGAAGAAAAAAGAGAAAACAGCCAUCCAACAAACCAAGAGAGAUCAGCUGAAAAUACUUCACAGGGCUCAGGUAAUCCAGAGACAGCUGGAGGAAGUUGAAGAGAAGCAGAGAGCUUUGGAGGAGAAAGGUGUAGCUCUGGAGAAGAUCCUCAGAGGAGAAACAGGCGAUGAUUCUUCAGAUGAGACCACACUACUGCAAACCUGGUUCACACUGGUCCUUGAGAAGAACAAACUGUCGCGAUAUGAGUCUGAACUCAUGAUCUUUGCUCAAGAACUGGAGUUGGAGGACACUCAAAGCAGACUACAGCAAGACCUUAGACGGCGAAUGGCCACUGAAGACUGUGAGAAGAGUGCGAGUGAGCUGGUAGAGGAGCAAAGCCUGCUGGUGGAGAUCAUGAAGGUGGUGGAGAAAAGAGACAAACUGGUGAGUCUGCUGGAGGAGCAACGGCUGAAGGAGAAAGCAGAGGACAGAGAUCUGGAGAGCAUGAUCCUCUCCAGGGGCUAUCAGUUCCACUGGACCUGAACUUCUCACACUGGAUGAAGAUCUGCUGUACAGACCUACAAGAAGAACUACUUUAGACUGAGGAAGCCUUAUUUGAAGAUCAGCUUCUGGAUCUUGAACAAACUGUAACAUGCUUGUUUAAUCAAACCCAACUGAAUGCUGCCUUGUGUGUUCUUGAAAAGAAAUAAA